AUGAAUCUCGCUGAAAAACUGAAAUUAGACUAUGAAAUAAGGCUUCGGGAGGCACCUAGCAAUAAGCUGUGGAGCCAGUAUGCUCGUUGGGAGGCUUCUCAAGGCCGAGUAAGAGCUGCAUGCGUCAUUUGUGAAAGAUACUUAGACUCUACCGCCGAUCCAUCUGAGGAUAUGUGGCUUCUCUAUGCAGAACUGUCUCCUUCACGCUCCAUGAAGCUGGACAUUUUUACCCGUGCUAUCCAGCAACAGCCCCUUUCCACAAGAUUACAUCGCUCCAUGCUACAGUGCUUCCUAUCGCACGAUGGAGCACCACUUUUGUCUAUAGCAGACAUAGAGCAUUUAGUUAAGAACUGGAUGAACAGGGUACUCGAGCAUGGUUCUCCUAGCCAUUUAGAGGCCCUGUUUAAGACUCUAGUUGAUAGUCUAGAGCAACUAAUUUGCUAUAGCUCUAUUCAGCAAUGUGAGGAGCUUGCGCUUUUGCUUCUGCAUGCUUAUGCUUCUAUUCCUGGAGCCAGAGACCCUCUGUGCUUUGUCUUUAAUGCUCUUCAGCAGCUUAUCGAACAAUCUGGGUUUAAUCGAAGAAAGCUGUUUAUUAGUGCGCUCAAGAUCUUCACGCUAAUCUUUCCAACUCUGUCUUCCUUCAGCGAACAAUAUUUAGCUUUACAUCGUCUUUAUUUGCUGUACGAAUUCAUGCAGCCGCGCCUUCAUUCUCUUUUCUUUGCUGAAACGCUGGUCUCUAGCCCUGUUAAUAAUACGAGUGAGUCACCCUUUAAAUCAAUCUAUGCACUUCUAUUUGCUGCUCGGACUAACCUGGAGACAGCUCCUUCGCUGGGUGUUACCGAACUCUGCCUAUUAUUGGCAUAUGACUCUCUUCUAACACUACAAGUAGAUGAUAGAAUUUUUCAAUCUGGUUGUUGUUCAAUCUUUAAUAUUGUGAGCCCGGUGCAACUGUUUGGUGAAUCCUGGUUUGACAGACUCAGUGUUAUCCAGCUCAUUAUUGAAUCUGAGCUGUUUGUGCUUAGAAAAACUACAAUCACAGAAGUGCUGAAAAAUUUAGUACUAUCGAUGGGCAGCCAUUCUUAUCAGUCUAAUAGCUUAUCUGAUGAGCAACUUGUUCAGCUUUACUCUUCAAUCCAGCAUCUCCUUCAGCGCUUCCCCUCUGAACCUGAAGCAUUUAAAAGUGUAGAGUACUUGUUGAGCGUUUGCCUACCCACCAUUCUGUCCAGGUUCGACCAACUUUUCGGAUUAGUAGAAGGCCUUCUGCAGAUGCUACUUACAUCUCCCAGGUGUGCACGGUUUACUGACAGGAUACUCUCAAUUAUAGAAGAAGUGGAUCCUAUGCUUUUUGAUCCGUGUACAAUCAGGUUGGUGUUGAGGGCAAUGGCGUCAAGAACGUUGAUCACCGAAAAUCUAUCUGGCACAACGCUAGCUCGUAUAGUAUCCUGCAGUAUUAUUAAUGGUGAGAUAACGAUGGCUAUAGAUGUCCUGCUAUUAGCUCGGAACAAACAGCCAUGCUUUGAAUUGUUCCAAAAUAUUAUUAGAAUCAUAUUUGAUAAUACAGAAGCUAAAGGCAUGUUCAGCACAACAAUUAGGUGCCUAAGUGAAAUAACAUCCAUUUUAUUAAGUGACGUAGAGUUUCGUAAUGAUAUUAUAAACUUCUCGUCAAAUACAACCUUAGAUUUGAAUUACAUAUCUGUCAAAGAUUUCCUAGAUUGCUCAGCUAUUGUAUUGUUGCUUUUUCUUGCAUGCAUGACGCAGCAAUUAGCAGAAAACCACAUAUUCGAUGGUGCAAUCUUUGAAGAUAUCAUUGGGAGCGUGCUUAAGCAGGUUGAGAUUGUGCACAUAGGCGUUAAGAUGGGCGAUAUUAUCCUAGUGGAUCAGUACGCGAAGCUCAGCAGCUUGAUUGGUACAGUGUUUGAGUACUAUGAGCUGAUUACCGGUGCAGAAGCAAUAUCGGGGAGAGUCGCGCUCGAGUGUGUAGUGAGUGUAAAGGACAAGGACCAGAGUAGAUCUCUUCUUUUAUAUGAGGUUGUCCCGAUUGACCGCUCCGAUGGAGAUGGGCUCCUCAAGCUGUUGGACAGAGUGGAGUAA